CCGGAAGUCAUAAUGUUUGUCGGCCAUUGUUGUUGAUGGGUGUGUGUUUUUCAUUAAACCGAAACCGAGAGAUUGGCAGAAGAAGGCUACUUUGGUUUCGGUCGCCGGAACCUUUCGGUAUUUGAUUCUUUGAGGCUACAGGAGUUUCCAAAAAUGACGGCUCCUAACUCCCGAGGUCACAACUGGAGCAGGAAGUCGGAGGAGGAGGAGGAUGAUCCUGUGGAUCAGAUGAUCUCUAGGACGGGGUGUGCUAGCUUCCAUCGAGCUGUACAGGACUGUAUGGCAGAACACCAGGACUGGCGGCAGUGUCAGCGCUCUGUGCAUGACUUCAAACAGUGCAUGGCAGAAUACCAGCGACUGCGAGCUAGCCAGCUUGGCCAACGCCAGCCGAGCCCAGCUGGCAGCUGAAAUCUGGGCGAAUCAACAACCUCUUUAGUUCGUUUUGUUCUUUCAGGUACUUUCAAAAAUAAAAAAAAAAAUUCUGAAGACUGUUAGCAGCGAAGAUUUCUGUUUUUGUUUAUAAAUCCCUGAUUGGAGUGUAGCUGGAGUAUGCCAGAUAAAACACAAAGUGCUGGAUGAACUCAGCAGGGCUGGCAGUAUUCAAGGAGAGAGAGAAAAACAGUUAAUGUUUUGAGUCUGAUGGCUCUUCGUCAGAACUGUUUUAUUUUUGUCUUUUGCAAAGACUUUGGCUGAAGCUGUGAACAUAUGUAUAUUUUUCAGUGCAGAACCUGCCAUUUAGGUUCCACACAAGCCUCCUCCAGCCUGUGCCUGUCUAAAAAAUGUGAAUGUAGUGAGCAUGAUACACCAUUCAGUUAUGGGUCCCUAUUCUAAGGGAUGUGCAGUGCUGCUUUUCAAUAAAGUCUGAGGUGUGAAGUACUGCACUUUAUAAUUGUAGCGCUAGAUUCAGCCCCUCAAACCCUGGCCUCAGUCUGGGGUGGAGGACAGGGAAUAAAAUCCUGAUAAUGCAGACCUGUCAUUGCUGAUGGAGGAGGCUUGAAGCAGGCGAAUUGAAAUGUAAGUUUAUUUCAAGUUGCCUUUAUUUGCAUCUUACAUUGGACAAGGGUAAAUGGAAAAUUGCAGUGAUCAGAAAAUGUUCUUUGAGACCUAGAAGACCCAGCAUUAAAUGAACUGAUUUUUUUGAAUAAAAUGCUGACGUAUUGCUUAAUGCUAAGUCUCCCAUGGUGAAUAAAGCUCCACAAUGUUUCCUA